AUGUGUAAAUGUGCACGUGUUAAUGUGCACGUGUUAAUGUGCAUGUGUAAAUGUGCAUGUGUAGAGGUAAAGUUGCUUUGAAGACGCUUCUGGCCCUUUAAGCCCCCCUCCUCCCCAGGAUGAAGAAGCAGCUUGUACGCGGCAGCAGCUCCAGCGGCAGCAGCUCCAGCGGCAGCAGGUGGUGGUGGAGGUCUAGUCAGCAUGAGUUCGGUCUCAGACCCGCCGGACGGCAGCAGGUCCUCGUCUGCAGCCCGGAGACACCGGAGUGUGAGGAAGUCGUCCAGGAGGAUCUUCUCUUCCUACCAGGACCACCAGCAGCUCUCCUCAGACGAUGAAGGCAAAGAUGAGGAGCGGGUGGACAGCAACGAUCCAGAGGAAAUGUUCCAGAACAUUCAGUUCCAGAAGGAGAUCAUCGCCAACAUCCGGAGCCGGCCCUGGCCCAUGAGGCGGAAGCUGAAAGUCCUGAAGCAGGCCAGAGAGAUCGUUCUAAAGUAUGAGGGCCGGCUGACCAGAACCAGAGGAUACCAGACGGCAGGAGCAGAUCUGCUGAAGAAGAUCUCCCGUCUGCUCUACAACAUCGUGGUUCUCUUCAUCCCAUGGGAAGUGAGGAUCAAGAAGAUCGAGAGUCACUUUGGCUCCGGUGUGGCGUCCUACUUCAUCUUCCUCCGCUGGUUGUUUGGCAUCAACAUCGUCCUGACCGUCAUGACAGGAGCCUUUGUGGUGCUGCCAGAGCUGCUAGCUGGAGCCCCGUUUGGAACCACCAGAAGUAAAACGAUCCCCAAGGAGCACAUGGCCUCUGCUCAGGACCUGGACACCAUCUGGUCUCUCGGGGGUUACCUGCAGUACUCGGUGCUCUUCUACGGUUACUAUGGGCGUGUGAGGAAGAUUGGCAGUGCCGGCUACAGGCUGCCUUUGGCUUACUUCCUGGUGGGAAUGGCCGUUUUCGCCUACAGUUUCAUCAUCCUGCUGCGGAAAAUGGCCAGGAACUCCCGGCUCAGCUUGGCCAGCGCGUCCGAUGAGAACUUCACCUUCUGCUGGAGGAUCUUCUGUGCCUGGGACUACCUGAUCGGAAACCCCGAGGCUGCAGAAAGCAAAGGCGCCGCCAUCGUCAACAACAUCCGGGAGGCCAUCGUUGAAGAGCAGCAGAAGAAGAGAGAAACCAGUUUGGCGGUGCUCAUCAGUCUGCGGAUCUUAGCCAACAUCCUGGUGCUGCUGUCCCUCGCCGGCAGCAUCUACAUCAUCUACUUUGUGGUGGACCGCUCCCAGAAACUGGAACAGGAGAAGCCGGAGCUGACGUUGUGGGAGAAGAACGAGGUCAGCGUGGUGGUGUCUCUCAUCACCAUGAUCGCUCCUUCUGCCUUUGAACUUGUGGCUCAACUGGAGAUGUACCACCCGAGAACCUCGCUGAGAUUCCAGCUCGCCAGAGUUCUGGUUCUAUACCUGGGAAACCUGUACAGCCUCAUCAUUGCUCUGCUGGAUAAAGUCAACAUCAUGAGCUCUGCACUCCCACCAAGCCUCUCUAAUUGGUCAGACUCGUCCUCCUUCCUGGCCACCGUGUCUCAGAGUGAGAUGGUCAGCGUCUCCACCCAGGCGAAGGUCCCGGUGUCUCCGCAUCACUCCAGCACCACAGCCACCCUCACCGCCAUCACCGCCGUGCUGAACGUCAGCUACAGGAACAACGUGGGGACCUCCGUCAACCACACAGCUGUGUUUGAGAAGAACAACCGUUCCCAGCAAGACCAGUGCUGGGAGACCUAUGUGGGACAGGUCCAACAACUUCUAUUUGGCCAUGCUGCUCUUCAUGCUCUUCCUGUGCAUGUUGCCCACCAUCUUUGCCAUCGCGAGGUACAAACCCUCUCAGCACUGCGGACCCUUCAGUGGUCAGGAGAAGAUCUAUGACAUCAUCUCAGAGACGGUGGCCAGCGACUUCCCUCUGUGGUUCAGCAAAGUGAUGAGUUACGUCAGCAGCCCAGUGGUGGUCCUGCCGGCGGUGCUGCUGCUGUUCAUGCUGAUUUACUACCUGCAGGCUAUCGCCAGGUCGCUCAAGUUCACCAACAACCAGCUGAGACUGCAGCUGCAGACGGAACGGAUGGAGGACAAGAAAAAGGUCUUCCAGCUGGCUGCAGCAAAACUGCAAACCCCAGAGACCACGGAGGAACAGAAACCCGAUCAGCAGCUGAGCGACGCGGCGAGCCCGGGAGCGUCCGUGCACACCGGUUCUCCCGGAUCAGACGGUAGCGAAGUGAACCUCCAGUCUCCUGCUAACAGCAGCAACAACAUCCAGACCAUCGCACAGGCCGCAUCCCGGCCAGACCUGAGCAGAGGAGGCCAGAGUCCAGCAGCAACGGGAGCUUCUAAAGCCCAGCCUCCUCACCUGCCAAACAGGAGGGGCUUGCAUGCGCUCCACCCCGUGCAGGCUGCAGGGACCGCUUCAGCGCCGAGCUACGACGCCUGCCGCACUCACUCCACCCGCCUGGUGUUCGUCAACGAGCACGAGCCCCGGAAGAAGCUGCUGCGCUCGGCCACGCGCAUCCCACGCCAUUAUGUGGUGGAAAAGCCGGCAGAGAUCCUGGAGCUGUACCCGCGCAACGUCCGGCGCUACACGCCCCGCCCCGCUCACCACCUGCCACACCCUCAUCGAUGCCACACGUCGCAGCAUCUCACCAGGUGUGAUGGUGACAGGGAGCGGAGCCGGACGGUCCUGGGGAAGGUCGCCCGUCCGCGGUCCCUGUCCGACCUGCAACAGCAGACCCAGUUUUACCUCCGCAAACACCUGGAAGGCCACAAGGACGGCCUCCGUGUCAGGUAUGCGGUUCAGGAGAAUGACCUGGAGGAUGGGGAAGUGGACUGGGGAGACCCGGAGCUCCACUCUUCAUCCCGAAGCAGCUUAAGAACCGAACCUGCUGUGGUCCGAACCCGGCACCACGUCUACUCCCCAGGAGGACGAUGUCCGUCCGCGGUCCGAAACAAGACCGGAGAGUCCAGCAACAAGCGGAACCUGAAGAAGCACCUGGAGACCGAGUCCGACUCGGCCUCUCUGGCCUCCAGCAGCGACCAGCAGAACAGCAGCUCGGAUCAGUACCUGCAGGUCAUCCACAGCAAGCAGCACCAGCUCAGGUCCGAGUCCACUCUGAGCAAGCACAGGUCUGAGAGCAGCUUCAGCUGCAGCCCAGCAGACGGUUUCGUCUGCUCCAACGUCUGACCUGGUCUGGAGACACGGACCUGCAGCUGGUCUCCAGGGCUGGGAUCAGGAACCAAAGAAGUGAACGUUCUUUCAGAUCAAGUUCUUCGUUCUCUGGUUUGUGGACAGAACAGGCUACAGGUUCUUCAGGUUACGUUAGUCUCUGUGAGUUGUUGGGUUGUUGAGUUCUGGAUCCAGUGGACUGUCUGGUUUUAUGUUUCAUGAGGUCAAGAAAAGCUGUUCGACAUAAAGUACGAUAUUAAAGUGUAGGUUCAAAGAAUUAAAAUUGUAUUAAAUCUAUGAAGCACAUUUAGAAAAUAUGUAGAUCAAAUUAGCUCGCCGUCAUGUCUGCACCUCCUCUCAGUGACUCCUUCACAACGCCGUUUGGAACGCCACCGUUUCAGUCAGAAGCCUGGAAGCAGCAGCUUCAUCCACCUGCUGACCCCAACCAAUCAGAGGAAAGGAACUGCAUGACAUCACAGCGCAGACACAAACGGCUGAUGUUCCGUUGAGUGCUCCAGCAGAAACAUGGUCCGGCGUCCUGCAGACCACGUUUCUGCUCGCCGUCCUGCUGGAAUAGGAGAACAUUUGGCUGGAGAUGGGGGGUCAUGGCUGUGUUGGACCUUCAGGCUGAGAGUGGAACUGCUGGCAGAGUUUCAACAGUCUGCUCCACAAACUUGUGUUUGUGAGUCUUUGUGAAGCAUGUGUGUUGUUGCUCCUGCAUGUGAUGUCAGUUUGGCCCUCAGAAGGGGGGGUCACUUCGUCAUGGCGACCACACAGACGUCUGUGUUCGUCAGCAAACGCAGAUUCAGUCUCAGAAACAGGAAGUUUGAAUAGUUCUUCAUAACUACUGUGGUUUCACUUCUCUUUUGAUUAUUUAUUUGUUGGUUUGUUUGUAAAAAAUCUCACAUUUACUUGAAGAUUUUCACAGCAGAUCAGAGCUGAGGCCCUCUAGUGGUGGACAGGUGUUACUGCUACUUUAACUCGCGUGUCUUUGGACCGGCGGUACCUGAGCUCAGAACCUGGUGGUGGUGUCGUGGCGUCCUUCCUCCGAGUUUCCAGGAAAAGUUUACAAGGGGGAGGGGCUUAUAAGCGCCAGUCCUGACAAAGUGUGGGAGUGUCUGAAACCAGAGCCGGAUGGAUUCAGAGUCAAGUGGGAC